AUGAAGGUCUACGCUGUCGAUGUCGGUCCUGAACAACCUAAUGGUGGCAAUGUGAAGCGCUCCAUUCUUGCCGCUGACGGCGUUGCUCGUGUCCCAGCAACCAAUGUCCACACUCUUUAUGACGUCCUUCAACACAGUGCUCGAAGCUAUCCCGAUCGCAAGGCUUUUGGUUACCGCAACAUUGAGAAGAUCAUUGAAGAAGAGAAGGAGGUUACCAAGGUCAUUGAUGGUGUCGAGAAGAAGGAAAAGAAAGUGUGGAAGUACUUUCAGUUGUCAGGUUACCAAUAUCUGACAUACAAGGAGGCUUCUCAACGUGCACAUGAUCUUGGUGCUGGUUUCGCUGCUCUUGGUCUCAAGGAAAAGGCAAAGGUUGAGAUCUUUGCUCCUACCACGAUGCAUUGGCUCUUGACGGCACAUGGUUUGUUUACGCAAAACAUGACCAUUGUCACUGCUUAUGAAACGCUUGGUGAAGAGGGCUUGUUGCAUUCCAUGAACGAAACCGAGGUCGAGGCCAUUUUCACAUCCGCCGAGUUGUUGCCCACUGUUGGCAAGGUUGCCAGUCAAUGCCCCUCUCUCAAGCAUGUCAUUUAUCACGGUGAAGCUAAGCCUGAGGUUCUCGAGAAGACCAAGGUGGCCCAAAUUGAAAACGUCUUAUCGGUGGAUGAGCUUAUCACUCGUGGUCGUGAGCAACCCAAGGAAGCACGUGCCCCUGAACCUGAAGAUAUGUGCUGUAUCAUGUACACUUCCGGAAGUACCGGCAACCCCAAGGGUGUUGUAUUGACUCACAAGAACAUUGUUGGUGCAAUUGCUGGUGUGAAGGCGCUUCUUGGUCACCUUAUCACUGACAAUGACAGCAUGAUGGCUUAUCUCCCACUUGCCCACGUUUUGGAAUUUGUUGUCGAGAACCUUUGUGUCUUUUGGGGUGUCACUCUUGGCUAUGCUUCGGUGCGUACCUUGACCGAUGUAUCUGUACGCAACUGCAAGGGCGACAUUAAAGAAUUCCGACCUACCCUAAUGACCGGUGUGCCACAAGUUUGGGAAUCCAUUCGCAAAGGUGUCCUUGCCAAGGUCAACCAAACUUCUCCUCAAGCCCAAAAGAUCUUCCACAAGGCAUUUGCUACUAAGGCUUGGCUCAUGGAACGUCAUCUUCCAACUGGAUUCCUUGAUAUGGCUGUAUUCAACAAGAUCAAGGAGCAAGUCGGUGGUCGUUUGCGCUUUGCAUUGUCGGGUGGUGCUCCCUUAUCCUUGGAAACACAAAAAUUCUUAUCAGUGACAGUUUGCCCUAUUCUUGGUGGUUAUGGCAUGACUGAAAGCUGUGGUAUGUGCUCUAUCAUGACUCCUGAGCAAUUUGGUUAUGGUCACGUGGGUGCUCCUGUACCUUGUGUUGAGAUCAAGCUUGUGGAUGUACCUGAUGCUGGCUAUCUUUCCACCAACCCCACUCCUCAAGGUGAAGUUUGGGUCCGUGGUACAUCGGUUACCAAGGGUUACUGGAAGCGUGAUGAUUUGACAAAGGAAACGGUGACUGAGGAUGGUUGGUUGAUGACGGGUGAUAUCGCUCAAUGGAACCCCAAUGGCACUCUAUCCAUUAUUGAUCGCAAGAAAAACCUUGUCAAGUUGAGUAAUGGUGAAUACAUCGCAUUGGAGAAACUCGAAUCUCUUUAUAAGAGCUGUCUCUAUGUCAACAAUAUUUGCGUUUACGCCGACUCACUUCGUCCUCGCCCUGUUGCUUUGGUUGUCCCCGUUGAAGCUUCAGUACGUAAGCUUGCUACCGAACUUGAUGUGGCAUCCAAGGAUCUUGAAGAUAUUUGCAACGAUGACAAGGUCAAGAAGGCUGUUCUCAAGUCACUUCUCGCCACUGGCAAGGAAGCAAGCCUUAAGCCUGCUGAAAUGUUGUUUGACAUCCACUUGUGUCACGAGGAAUGGACCAUUGAAUCCGGUUUGUUGACAGCUGCCCAGAAACUCAAGCGUCAAGAUAUCAACAAGAAGUUCAAGGAACAAUUGGAUACAAUGAAUGCUGCACAAAAGGCAUAA